CAGAGUACCUCACUGCACAAGCCAGAGGCCAUCUCCGUUGAGGGCUGCAUAUCACCACUGCUAUCCUUACGCACUGUGGUCGCAGAAGCAUUCAGCAUUCUGUCAUCCGAGUCGGAUGCGCGGGUGCUUCGCGAGCAGGAUAUACGACAUAAGAAUAUGACAUUAGAGCAUCGAGAGAUACAAACUACGAUCCGCCGCCCCGCAGCACGCUGGCGGAGGGCGAUCCUGCGCGACUGCCGUCCACUGUGCAUCCGUCAUGGCGUCCUUGACAGCGUCGCAGGACGGGCACACGGGACGGGCGCACGGGACGACGCGUCACGGCUGUCGGAUCGGAAGCCUGCGCAAUACAAUACUUCUCUCCGCGCGCGCGCUCGCUUGAGGCCGGCUUGGCAACGCGGAUGUCGGGCGCCGAGCCCGUGGGCUGUCAAGCAACGCGAAAGGAACGGUCUGACGUGA